AUGGCCUCCUUCUUCAAGAACGCCUUUGGAGGCGGCAAGGCUGCCGAGGAGCCUGUCGCGAGCCCCGAUUCGGACUUUGCCGACUUCGCCGAUGCUGCCAGCCCGGCUCCUGAGCCUAUCGUGCCCGAUGCCUCUACUGAGAGCGUCGCUCCCGCCGUCACCGCUCCUCCUUACACCAAGUGGUACAACAUCCACGAGCGCCACUCCCUCUCCGAGUUCAGGCUUGAGGGCAUGAUCCUCAUCAUCUCGAGCUUCAUCUUCCUUCUGCACAUGAUUGGCGCAACCCGCAACCGCUCUAGGGCCAAGGCUUGGAUACGCGCUCACGCUCCUGCUCUCCAGAAGGAAUUCGCUCUCGUUGGCUUCGGCGGCGUCCCCACCUUGGACAAUGAUGUCAAGCCCGAUACUCUGAUCAAGGAGAAGUCGCUCUUCGAGUUUGCGACCUACGCCACUGGCCGACAGAACACGGCUUUCAUGGAUGUUAAGCUCACUCUGACCAAGAAGUUCAACCCCAUUAUCAACGGAUUCGAGCACAUCAUUGGCUUCUUCGUCGAGUCCUUCGAUGCUCCCCACGACGUCGCCGAGGCAUUGAUCUAUCCUUUCGAUGGCAAGGAGAGCCUCACUGUUCCUGCUCUCCCCGGUGCCGCCGAGGUCCGCGCCAAGGAUUCCAAGAGCACCUACGAUGGCUUCGUCUGGGCUGUUGUUCACAAGGAUGUCAUGCGCCAAGUUCGCGAUCAGCGAUACGACCUGUCCCUCACCUUCACCAAGGACAACCCCAAGCUGCCCCUCUGGCUGACUGUCAUGAGCGAGAGCGCCGAGGUUACCGAUGCCCUCCUCACCCCCGAGCUCAUCGAGGCUGUUCAGAACGCCGGCGAUCUGUUUGAGUACCUCAUCGUCUCGGACCAGCCCACCGACAAGCCCGUUACUGUCGAGGAGACCUCUCCUCGCAAGCGCCUGUUCCUCAAGUACCGUCUUCCCUCCAACGGCAACUACGAGAAGCUCCUGCCUCUCUUCUCCUACUUCCUGCAGCUUCCCGACGUCCUCGUCAAGGUUGCCCACUUCCGCCCCGAGGUCACCAAGAAGGUCCGCAACACCCGUGAGAACGCCAUCGCCGAGAUUAAGAAGCUUGCCGAGGAUCAACGCCAGGAGGAGCGCCUUGUGGAGAAGGAGAAGGCUCGCAAGGCUAAGCGUGACGCUGACCUCAAAGGUCUCGACGCCAAGGCCCAGAAGAAGUAUCUCGACAAGGAGAGAGAGAAGGAGAUGCGCAAGUCGCAGAAGCGACAGACUAUGCGUGGUUAA